AUGGACUCUAAGGCCAAAGGACAGAAUUGUGUCAGGCAGGCCCUUCUGGGUUCCCAGGAGGAGAGGGAGGUGUACCCCAAGCUUCCAGCUGUGUGUGUCACCAAAGUGAGGGCUGAAGCAGAGCAAAUGCUCUACGAGCACGAGGAAGCUAGCAGGGGGGCCCUUACCCUCCAGGUGGGAGCGGUAGGGUUUUCUCAGUGGGCAAGCCUCCCUUCGUCCCUCGGCCUGGAGAAAAUAGAAUGUGGCCUGGCAGGCUGGUUGGAAUCCAGGAGCUUUGGGGCAGGGCAGGGCAGGGGCAGGCUGAGGGGAGGGCUGCCUCUGGCACUGCGCUUUCUGCUGCUGCACAGCCAGGCCCUGCCUCCCACCUACAGGCCCUGCAGCCAUGUUCUGGGUGCCCUGCCACAGAAGCCCAUGGGGGGCCCCAGUCUGGCAGGCUUGCUCCUGCUCUUCCUGCUGCUUAUUGGCUUCUCUGCCUCCACUGGGAUUGGCUGCCCCUACCUGCCCUACUGGAGCACCUGCUGUCUGCGGGCCUCUCACGUGGUAAGGGGCCGGUGCCGGAUGGGGACACAUGCCUGGCAUAAGUUGAUAAAACUCUCCAUCUCCUUGCCUGUUAUUUCCUAUAUCCAAGUCCCUAUGCUCUGGUGGCAGUGUCAUGUGUCCUCUAUAUGGUCUCAAAGGGGUAGCCAACAUCUUGGAGCACUGAGGGCCCAGGCAGGGUGGAGCUGGGAAGAAAAGAGUGGAUGGGCUAUGAGCUUAGAAGCAAGGCCAAAAGACCUCUCAGUGUCUCACCAGUUCCAAGCAAGAGACCUAGUCUCUGUGAAGAAGCACCAGUUACGUCCCACCUUCCAGAACCCUAACCCCCAUGAACCCAAAGUGCUGACAUGGCAAGUUUUUUCUCAGACAGGAGAGGCAGUGUGGUCUGUUUCUAAGACUGCCCCCCCCAAGACCUGGUGGCCGUCCCUGCACCCUGAUGUUUGCGCCCUAGUUGCUGGAUUAGAGACCUGGGACAUACCUAAUAUACCUUGGAGACAGGCCCACAUAAUUCGACCACCCGACCACGAUUAUUCUGCAGCCCAGAGCCAAGUUUCCUAUGGUGACAGCGGGUGUAGUUAUCCUCGAGCACGCAAUAGAAUAAAAACCACUUCCUUCUAUGUCUGCCCCCGUGACGGACGAACCCAUCAGCAAGCCCGGCAGUGUGGGGGCUUAGAAUCCUUUUACUGUAGCUCUUGGGGCUGUGAAACUACGGGCCUUCAGUGGGGCUGGUUCCAACUCAUGGUAGAGAUAUCCAAAAAGUAUGUGACAUUCCAGCUGUGUAGGAGACACAAGAUGCCAACAUCUGCUCAGAGGAAACUGCUGAGUAGUUGUUGCCUGUAUGAGAAGGACCAUCACAUCUCUAUCCCAUUCCCAGACAUCUCCCACUACAAAAGGACCCAACCUUCCCAUCCAGAGGCAAGGUUCCCCAGACCCAGCUCACAAAGACAUGGAGGGCCUGCGUUCUCCUUUGACCUGCUGCCUGAGGCACAGGCUAUUCAAGUGACCAUCGCUCCGGGACCUGAGGUCAGCAUGCAUCUUUGUCACCAAUGGACACUGGAGUGCAAGGAGCUGAGCAGUCCCUUCAGUGCCCAGGUAUUGAGUGCCAUCUCCCUAAAAUUGUGCCUGCCUUAUGAAUUCCUCCUGCCUUGUCUAUGCAUAGAGGCAUCCUACCUGCAAGAGGGCACUGUGAGGAGUAAAAAAUGUCCCUUCCAGAGCUGGCCUGAAGCCUAUGGCCUGGACUAAUGGGAGUCGGUAUACUUUGCUGACUACAGCCAGCCCAGUCAGAUGGUCAUGGCCCUGACACUCUGCUCAAUGAAGCUGGAGUCCUCCCUCUGCCAUACGAAAGGCUGGCACAGGCUCUGUGAAGACCUCCCCAGUGCCACAGCUCAAGAGUCAGAGGGGUGUUAUGUUUUGGAGAAAGUGGACUUGCACCCCCAGCUCUGCUUCAAGUUUUCUUUUGGAAAUAGCAGCCACACUGAAUGACCCCACCAGACUGGUGAGCUGGCAUACCAGAAUGUGAGCAUGGAGACCCAGGCCCAGCAGCUAGUCCUUCAUUUCUUCAGGAUGCAUGCCACCUUUAGUGCUGCCUGGGGUCACCCAAGCUUGGGACAGGAUGGCUUGGUGGUGCCCCCUGUGUUCAGUGUCAGCCAGCCUCCCUGGUUUGUGAGCUGCUGGUGCACAAAGACAGCGUCCGCACCCAUCUUCUUCUCAGAGCUUGGAACAGUGCAAGCACUCAGAGUAUGUUUGUCAAGCCCAGUGACACUAGACCUCAUCAUUCCCUUCCUGAGGCCAGGGGGCUGUGUCCUGGUAAGGAAUCCUUCUCUCACUCUACCAUGCUUUCCUAGCAUCGACUCCACAGGUGGCACAGGGAGCAAAUACAGUCUGCAAAAAUGUCUGGUUUAUCAGGCCCUACUCAAGCGCCGCCGUGCUACGCCUGCCCACGAGGUGGACUCAGAGGCGCAGCUGCGCCGGGUGGGAGCGCUGGCUGAACUGCUGAGGGCGGCGGUGCAAUGUGAUGUGGCCCUGUGGGAGGGGACGAGCGUGGCACGCGUGGGCCCGCUGCCGUGGCUAUGGGCGGUUCGGGGACACGGGCGGCAGCAGGACACGGUGCUGCGGCUGUGGAACAGCGCGGGCUCCGACCCGGCCUGCGGCCCGGAUCCCCGCGCCGCACUCCUGCGUGCCCUGCUCUGUGCCGCCCGGUGCCCGCUGCUGCUCCCUCACUUCAGUUGCCUCUGCGCCGGGGGCGGCAUUUCCCCCCUGCCGCCUUACCGUCUGCGGCGCGACCUGCACGCCAGAUCUUCCACUGAAGCUACCAGCUGGGACCGCCUUGGGGCUCGGCCAUGCCUUCCGGGGCGCCGGGAGUUGUGCUGCAGGCUGGAGGGCGAGGCCGCCAAAUUUGCCAACCAAGGCUGAGCAGACUGCUGCGGUCGGGAUGUCUCUGGCCCCGUGGGUAGGGGCACUGGCUGGCACCCUGAAUGAGGCUUCUACCCUGGAGUCCUUGAGCUGCCUCCUCAAGACUACUGGCCCAAAAGCCUCACUCUCUGCCUCCCAGCCCAGAAGCAGAGCACUUCACUCAGUCUCCCAGCCCCUUCCCCAUGUGCGUCCAGCUUCCUCUUCAUGCUUACCCUGCCUCUCAGAAACCUCAGGGAGAGUCACUCUUUACUAAGAGCUCCUCUGGCCCCAGUCCUUGUUUGGGCUGGGGGAUCUUCCACUUCCUAUCUCCAAAAUUCCAGAAACAGAGUAGUCUGCACACGCUCAGUCUAGGCUCCAGGUUGGGACAGGGGUAGGGGAGGCAGGAGCUCAGGCAGUUCUGGGGGAGGGUGGCUCCAGGGGGUUGGGAGAAAACCCCUUUGGGAGUUAGGGAUCCCUCUUUGCCAGACCAGGGCCCUGCCCAGAGG